GUUGAUCCUGAACAAACAACUAUCGGCAAAAGGGGUUGUGAAAUGAGAAAACUUUCUGUUUUUCUUUCUAUUGGAUUCGCUCAUAGAUCCUCAAAAUUCCGCAGCAGCAAUAAUCAUCAUAAUGCUCUUUGUUUUUACAGCAAUAUUUGCUCUUCUCCCUCCAAGAAUCAUGGACUUCUUGCACAUUACAGGAGUCUUGUUGAACAGGGAAAGCUGCAGCAUGAUCCUUACCAAGAAAAAGUUGCUACUGAACUAGAAAAUCUUCUUGGAAGGUUGGAGCAAUAUGAAAAGGAUAUGGGGGAAUAUCAUGCAAAACUUGCACAAUGGGAAGAUAAUAGGGAAAGUCGGAGGCGUAAGCUUCUUAUGGAGGAAGCUGAGGCCAAACAACAUGGUGCAUUUAAACCAAUAAACAAAUCUCGCAAUAUUUUCCAAAGAUGGAUGUCUCGGAAACCUGAAGAUGUGGAAGAAGGAGUCGGGAAAUGGGUUUCCUAUCUCAAUCGUGAGAAGAAGUUAGACUCACAAGUCGGUCGACGUCCUGCUGCUCCUCGCCCCAAAGGACUAUAUCUAUAUGGCAAUGUUGGGAGUGGGAAGACAAUGCUUAUGGAUAUGUUUUAUAAGGCCAGUGAAGGAAUUGUUAAACAUCGAAGAAGGUUUCACUUUCACGAGGCUAUGCUUAAAAUUAAUGAACAUAUGCAUAAAAUUUGGAAGAGUCAGAUGGAACAAAAGUCUCUGCAGUCAAGUAUUUCUGGUUGGGUCAUGAAUCUUCCUUUUGAUUCAAAAGUUAAAGAAUGGAUAGCUGCUGAAGAAAGAUAUAAGCAAGAGGUGCAGAUGAAAAACAUUCUUCUGGACGUAGCUGACAAGUUUCUUGUUAACCAGGCAGAUCGUAGGAGAGGUGCUAGCAUCCUUUGCUUUGAUGAAGUACAGACAGUUGAUGUUUUUGCAAUUGUGGCAUUAUCUGGAAUUCUCAGCAGGUUGUUGAGUACUGGAACUGUUCUGGUGGCAACCAGUAAUCGUGCACCAACGGACUUAAACCAGGAUGGCAUGCAAAAGGAGAUCUUUCAAAAGCUACUAAAAAAACUUGAGGAGCAUUGUGAAACUGUUCUAAUUGGCAGUGAAGUUGAUUAUCGCCGCCUCAUUGCUCAGAGAUCUAUAGACCAGGUCCACUACAUUUGGCCUCUAAAUAGCAACAUUAAACAAGAAUUUGAGGAUAUCUGGAAUAAAAUUAGUAAACAGGCCGGAGGAAGCAUCAUUUCACAUACUAUUCCUGUGAUGUUUGGAAGAACAUUGGAAGUUCCUGAGAGCUGCAAUGGGGUGGCACGGUUCAACUUUGAAUAUCUGUGUGGUCGGCCGCUUGGAGCAGCAGACUACAUUGCAGUGGCUAAAAACUAUCACACUGUUUUCAUUUCUGAUAUUCCUAUUAUGAGCAUGCGUAUCCGUGACAAGGCGCGAAGGUUUAUCACCCUCAUUGAUGAAUUAUACAAUCAUCAUUGUUGCCUAUAUUGCUCUGCUGAGACUUCAGUAGAGGAUCUAUUUCAAGGAACAGCAGAAGGAACACUUUUUGAUUUGGAAAGCUUCCAAUUUGAGACAGAGAUAGAAGGUACAAAGCUCCGGCGAGAUGUUUUAGCUGAAGGCAAUGUUAGUUCAGGAGGUGCUCCAUCUGGCAUUACUACCAUGCUAUCUGGUCAAGAGGAGAUGUUCGCAUUUCGACGAGCUGUAUCGCGCUUGAUUGAGAUGCAGACACCUUUGUACGUUGAAGCAGUUCAACAUCUCCAUCCCUAUUUUGAUUCUUUGCACAAUGAGUUUGAAAAAUAUAGUGCCAAUUAAGAGCAAUGGCCUAUGUAAUUAGGUUUAUAUAUAAGAUCUUUGUUGACAAUUCUUUUCCACCCUUCCAAUUGACUUGCUUUUAGUUCUCUUUUGGGACAAGACAGGUUGAAUAGUAAAUAAAAGGAAGUGAGCGGCGGCACAAGCAUAGGGUAGUCUUGUGAGAUUUCUCAUGCUUAAAAGGGAUGUAUUAGACAAAAUGUCACAACAAUCUUGUAUCUGAUUGCAAAGUUGAUUUCUUGGUUAGCUAUAUCAAUAAGAAAGGAAAUGUUUUUGAUGUUUCGGUAA